AUGAACAGUUCCAAUAACACUUUAAAUGUUAUUCUAUUACGGCAAAUCAAUCCAUUCGCAGUGGCUUUUGAAAACAUGCGACAAGUAUGGCAGAGGGAACAAGAUGCUGCUGCUGCCAAUCCCAUGUUACAACAGAGAAGGGUGACCAUGCACAUAAUUGCCGACCCAAACAAUGAUCCACGGCGAUACAAUCAACCAGCUGCUCAUGUGAACGAGGUAGCUGUCGUCUUUGUUGGUGAAGAUGGUCAACCACCAGGGAACCUAGAUCUGGUUAUCUAUGACUCCAACCCGGUUAACCCAAAUCACCGGAUGCAAAGCAUAUCAGCAGGUUCGUCUCAUGCGGAUCCAAUGUUGUAUCCACUGUUCUUCCCGUACGGAGAAACCGGAUGGCAUUACAACUUACUACAAGAGGGCAACCGCCGAAACACGGUUCGGGUUCGUAACACCAUGAGGGAGUUUGUAUGUUACCGUCUGGCCAUUAGAUACACUGGAAACAAUAGCAAUGGGAAUGAAGGUAAUACAUUUAGUUUAUUGCAUGCAGGUGGUUUUUUAUUGCAGCAGUUUGUGUGUGAUCAAUACGUCCGAAUGGAAGCGAACAAUCUGCGCUACACUCGAGACAAUCAGAGAGCGAUUUUUGCUGAUGCAUAUCGGGGCCUUGUGGACCACAUAAACCAACAGCUCCACGUUGACGAAAUCAACCCUGUAGGCCGCAGGACGAUUUUACCAUCGACGUUUGUAGGUGGUCCUCGGUACAUGAAACAAUGUUACCACGACGCAAUGGCUAUUGUGCGUAAGUAUGGAAAACCUGAUAUAUUCAUAACGUUUACAUGUAACCCCAAGUGGCCAGAAAUAGUAGACAACAUUCCAUGUUGGUUGAAGGCAAACGACAGGCCCGAUUUGGUGGCGAGGGUAUUCCAUGCAAAACUAAAGGAGCUAAUGCAUGACAUAACGGCCAAUAGAGUGUUUG